AUGGAGAAGUGCAUCGAGGAAUACGUGGUAUGCCUCUGGCGCAAAAUACGCAUUUGGGAUACAUUGUAUCAGGAAAAACGAAUCAAGAAGCUGUUAGAACAAUUCGACGAGGAGCCACGUGGAGUUUCAGUAGAGGAUAACUGGUGCGAAGAUUUCUUCGUUAAGACACAUAGCCGAACGCCGUCUGGGAAAUAUGUUAUUCGUCUUCCUUUUCUCACAUACUUGGACGAAUCAAUGGUAAUUGGAGAAUCAUAUAAGGACGCGCUAAAACGAUUACAUUCUCUGGACAGACGGUUGCGCACCACUGCGAGUUUGAAGAACGCUUAUGUUGGCACGAUAAAUGAGUAUCUGGAGCUGGGUCAAAUGGAACGUGUAACGUCACGGGCUAGUAAGACGGGCAAUCCUGCAUUGGGGGGAGUCGAUUAUUGUUACCUACUGCAUCACCCAGUCAUAAAGGAAUCGUCAUCAACUACGAAGGUACGAGUUGUCUUCGAUGGAUCAAGCAAGACGAGUAAUGGAAAAUCACUUAAUGAAAUUCUAGCAGUAGGUCCAAAAUUGCACGUACAUCUUCAAGGAAUCAUUCUCGAUUGGCGAGGGCUAAAAUGGGUAUUUAUGGCGGAUGUUGACAAAAUGUACAGAUAUAUUAAUAUUUCACCCGACGACGCGCAGUACCAACGUAUUCUAUGGAAUCCGGACACUAGUGAUUAUGUGGCAGAAUAUGCCUGCACAACGGUAAUGUUUGGAACGAGCUCCGCAACUUAUUUAGCCAUGAGAGUUAUGAAACAAUUAGCUAUGGAUGAAUGCGAGAAGUAUCCACUGGCGGUAGAUGUUAUAAAUCUUCAAAUGUAUGUAAAUGACAUACUGUCUGGUGGCGACAGUAUUGCAGAAACGGAGGAUGUCAAGAACCAA